GACGGUGGGAAACACAUUGACUGAGAAACGCGUUUGCUGAUUCAGAGAUUCGUUUUAUUACAUUCGCCUGCUUAUAAUAACUGGAGCAGCAGCCUGCUGGUUAGACCCCAAAACCCAACCCUCCCACCUCACCGGUUCCGUGCUGCUGCCGCUAGUGUUGCUGCGAGCGUCUGUUUCGGCAUGACGCUUCUGGGAAACAGGCACAUCAGCUUGCAGGCUACUGGCAGUCUGUGAAGUUUAUGGUUAAGCUUGACGUAAUUGCCCUUUAACUUGGGAGCUGCGUCUGCACACUGCGAGCUGGGUUUCCCUUCGGCUGCUUCGGCCUGGAGAAACGAAAGAAAACGUUUGCAGCACCGUUCUGACGCUCACCUCGCUGUGGAAACCCUGGAGGCUUUUGUGUGUAGAUAACAGGUAGACCUCACAAGAGAAUAGUUUCUCUUCACUUGACAUGAACUGUGGUUUGCCUCCAUUUGCAGCGUGGCGUGUAGUUUCAGUAUGCCUGCCUUCUUUCUUCAUAGAUGCUACGCAAAAUAUCAGCUGCAGGGACUUCUCGCUUAUCUCUUCAUCUAAAAUCAAGAGAUUUUUAGCCAAACCACCCAAGGGGCUUUGAAAAGACCUCAAAACAUGCUGCCAGCAUGUCUUUUCUUCUUUUUUCUUUUUAAUGCCAGGUAGUCUUGCAAGUGGAAGGUGUUGCACCCGCAACUUUAGCCGCAUUGCACUUGCUCAACAUCCAACGAAACAAACCCAAACUGGUGUGAAAGCCACAGCAGCAGCACUGGGUAUCAGUCAGGUAGAAGGAAGCCUGGCUCAUGUGCUCCUUCCGGUAAACCAGGGGUGUCAAACUCCAGUCCUCAAGGGCCGGUGUCCUGCAACCUUCAGAUGUGCCUCUGCUGCACCACACCUGAAUAGAAUAAUUAGGCCAUUAGCAAGGGUCUGGAGAACUUAUGUACACAAGGAGGAGGUAAUUAAGCCAUUUCAUUCCAGUGUUUUGUACUUGAGACACGUCUAAACACUGCAGGAUGCCGGCCCUUGAGGACUGGAGUUUGACACCUGUGCUGCAAGCUGUCUCAGAGGAACGGGCCGGCGUUGUGCUUCAUUUGUUUCAGCGAACGUCUCUACGAGUCUUUCUGAAGCAGACAACGCGCAAGCCAAUGCUUGGAGCGUGUUCCUUUUCAUGUGGCAGCCGCUUCUUCCCACAGAGAACAUGCGGUGUGCUUUUGAAACUGCUGCAUCACUGUUUACCAACACGCAGGGCCACCCAUCCACCCUGACACAGAUAAAGAAUGCAUCAGAAAGCACGCUUAAUUGUGCCGGGGUCCGAUUCGGUGAGAAGGGGGUCAGUUAUUUUUGUGUUUGACUGAAAAACGGCUCCCGACGAGCAAUGUUGCUCAAUCUUUCCUUUCGUGGAAUUUGUGAAAAGGUCUCUUUAUGCAGAAGAGGAGAGCGCGGUUAGUGAGGUAUGGGUCAGCUAGACCUCAAAUUUCCUUUGCAGGCAGGUGCAGCUAAUCUACAUGACUACACAGAGAAAAGUUUGCACAUAGAACCCAAGUCAACUGGUUAUGUUGAGAAAGAUUAGGGAGCAAAACCAAACAGAUCAGAUUGUGUAACUAAUCAGUGACUGCUUCUUAGUUGAGGAACUUUAGUUUAGUGUUGAAGUCUAAAGGGGAGGCGUAGGAGGCAGUGGGUGGUGAAUGCUCUGACAGCUUCUUGGGUUCGACGUGAAAAGGGUUUCUCAGACAUAAGUCCACACCUCCUUCAGUUCAGAGCAGUCAGACUCGCAGACAACUCGUCCUCCCAGUAGGGUCCUGCACCAUGAGCUGUGACCAGAGGUACCCGUUCCCUCAGGUGUUCCUGGUGGACGAGGGCGGAGGUCAGCGCUCGCCUGCGACGCCGCCGAACCUCAUCCCCUGCUGGUCGUUCCCUCAGGCCCGGGAGACCGUGAGGAGCCACAGCAAGAGCCGAGGCUGCAUGGGGGUCAGCUGCAGCGUGGCCAUGAUUGUGUUGAUGUUGUUCCUGCUGGUGUUCGCCGCCCUGGGCUUUGAAGCCUGGCAGAUCCUGAGACUCCAGGAAAAACUCAAAAAUGUGGAGAAGGUUGAACAUGACCUCGUGACUGAGUUUCAUGCACCCCAGAAGCAAAUUGGUCUCUAUAACCCCGACUCAAAUGGAGAAGAGAAAACAGAAGAGAAAACGAAGAAACCUGCGGCUCAUGUUCUCGGGCGCAUUGUGCAUCAACCGUCCCAAAUGACUUUGCGAUGGGAACCGAAAGCAGGCCAGGCCUUCACGUCCGGGGAGGUCGCUUACAAAAUCGAAGACGGCGCCCUGCAGGUCAACGAGUCGGGGCUCUACCACGUUUACUCUCGAGUGGAGCUGAUCUUCAAGAACUGCCACCCCACGUCCUCGUUCGAUCACGUCGUGUUUGUGAGGCGAGCGGGACAGUCCAAACUCCUGACUCUGAUGGAAGCCCACAGGUCGGGUUUCUGCGUCCAGAAACCCAACAGCCCGUGGACUGCAGAGAACUACCUCGGUGGCGGCCUGCAGCUGAUGAAGUUCGACAGGGUUUACGUGAACGUGUCGCACCCGACCUAUCUCAGCCACUCACAUUAUGGCAACUUCUUCGGUCUGUACAAGAUCUGAAGAGUUUCGAUUGUUUCAGCUCUGCUUCAUUGUGCCGUAGUUUUGCUCUGAAUCAGGAGGAAAGCUUACUCAUAACUUCCACAAAGAGAUCCUUUGAUUGUUUUUUGUUUUUUUUUAUCUGUUAUACCUGGACUAAAUAUAUUCUGUUUUGCAAUAUAGAAACCCAAAGAUGAUGGUGCACUUUUUUUGUUCACUGGCAGCUCAAAGCAAAACAGCACAGAGAAAUAAACAGCAUUUUUACACCUCAGUUUUUUGCUUUCAUGAAAAAUGUCGAGUUAGUUGACACUAAGAUGCUGAUUUAGUUGUAGCAUUUUCAGUAUUUAUUUUUGUCUGUAUGCCUGUAAUGUAGGAUGGGUGUUUUUUUUUUCUUUAAAUAAUAAUAAUAAUAAUAAUAAAUAAAGGAAUGUAUUAAGCAGAUUUCUGUGUGUUGAAGCAAAAGUAAAAUGAUGAAUGUUUUUUGUGAAACUGUUUCAUAAUUGAGUAUAGUCUGCCUUGGGAGGAACACCCACGCUAGUUUUGAUUAUGACCACUGGAAAGUAUUUGCAUAAUUCUGCUGAUUGUAAACUUCACUAUCAUAGAUUCCUCUAAGACAGAGAGGCAGCAAUGUCAGACUCAAACAUUUUUCCAUGUGAAUUUGUAAUUAAAUGACUUAUUCAUAGAC